GUCGCUGAGGCAGGAACUGCGCCAGUCCUGGGGCCAGACUGGCUGACACCCUCCUGCCAGGUGCCGGCAGCCAAGAUGGGGGCUUGGGCCCAGCUGUGGCCCCCCCUGCUGCUCAUGGGGCUGCUUGGUCGACCCCCGGGGGCCGAGGCACAGGCCCAGGUCUGCUCUGUGAGCAAGACCUUCUUCGAAGUGGAAGAGAACACGAACCUCACCGAGCCCCUGGUUGACAUCGACGUCCCGGACGGCCAGCAGGUGACCCUCGGAGCCUCGUCCACCCUCUUCGCGUUUCGGAUCGUGGGGAACCAGCUGUUUCUCAACGUGACUCCGGAUUACGAGGAGAACGCGCUGCUGCAGGCCCACCUGGAGUGCAAAAGUGGGGACACAGUGGUGACCCAGCUGAGGGUGUUCGUGGCGGUGCUGGACGUCAAUGACAACGCCCCCGUGUUUCCCUUCACAACCAAAGAGACAGCCGUGGAGGAGGACACCAAAGUGAACUCUACUGUCAUCGCUGAGACAGAACUGGAGGCCACGGACGAAGACCAAGAUGACAUCUUGUUCUAUACCCUCCAAGAAGUGACCCUGGGCGCCAGUGACUUCUUCUCCCUGGCGGGUGUAAACCGCCCCGCGCUGAGACUGGACCGGUCCCUGGACGUCUACAAGUGGCCAAACAUGACCUUCCGGCUGCUGGUGCGGGACACUGAGGAGGAGAACGCAGAGCCCAGCCACACGGCCACCGCCACCCUGGUGCUGACGGUGCUGCCAGCCGACCUGCGGCCCCCGUGGUUCCUGCCCUGCACCUUCUCGGAUGGCUACGUCUGCCUCGAGGCCCAGUACCACGGGGCUGUUCCCAUGGGACACAAGCUGCCGUCCCCGCUUGUCCUGCGUCCUGGGCCCAUCUACGCUGAGGAUGGGGACCGGGCCAUCAACCAGCGCAUCAUCUAUAGCAUCAUUAGGGGAAACGUGAAUGACACAUUUGCCCUCAGCCCAGAAUCGGGCAACCUCACCAUGGCCCAGAGCGUUCCCAGCCCGACGACCUUCCUCUUGGUGGUGAAGGCCGAGCAGGCCGACCUCGCCCGCUACUCCGUGACCCAAGUCACCGUGGAGGUCCUUGCUGCCACCGGGAGCCUGCCCCGCUUCCCCCAGAGCCUGUACCGUGGCACCCUGGCGCCAGGCUCUGGAGUGGGUGUUGCUGUCCAGGACGCAGCCGCCCCCUCUGAGGUCCUGAGGAUCCAGGCUGAGGACCCGGACUUCCCGGACUUCAACUCGGCCAUCACGUAUCGAGUCACCAACCACUCUGACUUCCGGAUGGACGGAGAGUUCCUGCUGACCACCACUUCGCUGGCACAGCUGGGGGUCUUCUAUGCAGAGGUGGAGGCCAACAACACAGUGACCUUGGGCACAGCAACCACGGUUGUUGAAAUACAAGUCUCCGAACAGGAGCCCCCGUCCACAGGUCCCCCAGGGGCUGGAGGAACAACUGAGCCCUCGAACAAUACCACUGUGGAAACCCCCAGGCCCACCGGGCCCUCUCAGGGACCCUCUACAACCAGCUCUGGGGGAAGCACAGGCCCUCGCCCACUCUCAGGUACCACUCUGAGGCCAACUGCCUCACCCACGCCUGAGGGGCCCCCCAGUGUGGGAAACAGCACCUCCUCCCAGCCAGCCACACCCGGCGGGGGCUCAGCACAGACCCCCAAGCCAGGAACCUCUCAGACGACGCCCCCCAGUGUGGGAAACAGCACCUUCUCCCAGCCAGCCUCACCCGGUGGGGGCUCAGCACAGACCCCAAAGCCAGGAACCUCUCGGACGACGCCCCCCAGUGUGGGAAACAGCACCUUCUCCCAGCCAGCCACACCCGGCGGGGGCUCAGCACAGACCCCCAAGCCAGGAACCUCUCAGACGACGCCCCCCGGGCCCAGCAGGAGCUCCCUGCCCUCAGGGAUUUCAGGUGGUGGCCUCGCUGAGGACAAGCGCUUCUCCGUGGGGGACAUGGCGACCCUGGGCGGGGUGCUGGGCGUGCUGCUGCUGCUGGCCCUAUUGGGACUGGCGGUCCUGGUCCAUAAGCACUACGGCCAGCGACUCAAGUGCUGCUCCCGCUUGGCUCUGGAUCACCAGCCCGGCGACUUUGACAACCAGGCCUUCCUCGAUGGCCAUGAUGGCCAUGAGGCCAACUGGGCACCCGCCCCCAGCCCUGGGCACAGCCCCAAGACUGCGGAGGCACCGCCCAGGGCCACGGAACCCGCGCCCCGCGAACCUCCUGCGCCCCCCAGCCCCGCACCCCGCAGCCGUGCCCCGGGGUCGCCUGCGGUCCCGGCUGGGGGAAGCCCCACCGCCGUGAGAUCCAUCCUGACCAAGGAGCGGCGGCCAGAGGGCGGCUACAAGGCGGUGUGGUUCGGUGAGGGCAUCGGAGCCGAGGCCAACGUGGUCGUCAACGCGCCCAGCACUGACGCGGACCGCGCCGGCGACUCGGGCAACGAGGGCAGCGGAGACGAGGACGCGGAGGCGGACUCGGGCCGGGGCGGGAGUCCCCACGACGGGAGUCUCCACGACGGGAGUCCCUACGACGGGAGUCUCCACGACGAGCCCGGCGCCGGUUCCACCUACAUCUAGCGCGCGCUUGGCCGCACUCCCCCGCCCUUCAUUGCGCAGAAUAAAGUGACACUUUCGAAUC